GAUGAAGGUGCCAGGGGUGUCCUGGGCACUUGCAGGCAGCAGGUCAGCGGACAUGGGAGCAGGGCCACCCCAGGCCUGCAAGCACCAAUGAGCCUCUGGGCGGGGCCCUGGCUCCUUCCGCGACAGUCCGGCCCUCGCAGUCACCCGCCCCGCCCGCUGCCUCCGCCAUGGCUGCAAAGCUCAUGGAGGACAAGCUGACCUGUUCCAUCUGCCUAAGCCUCUACCAGGACCCGGUGACGCUGCCUUGUGGUCACAGCUUCUGCGCAGCCUGCAUUCGGAGCUCGCGGCGCUGCUGCGAGGCCUGCCCUGACUGCCGCGAGCCCUUCUCCGAAGGCGCCGGCGAGCCACGCCGCAAUGUGGCGCUCAGCGGGGUGUUGGAGGCGCUGCAUCUCGAUCCCCCGGAGCCCGGCCCCGAACCUCGUACCGCCACACGCUGUCCCCGCCACGGUCGGCCGCUCGAGCUCUUCUGCCGCACCCAGGGCCACUGUGUGUGCAGCGCGUGCACCGUGCACGACUGCCGCCUCCACGAGCUGGCGCUGUUGGACGUGGAGCGCCGGGAGCGAGAGGCUCAGCUGAGAGCCAAGCUGGAGGUCACCCAGCAGCAGGCCACUCAGGCCAACGUCCAACUCCAAGAGCUGCAGCAGCAAAGGAGCCAGAUCCAGAACUCGGCCUGCACCAUGCGCUCAGUGGUCUCCGGAAAGUUCAGCAGCCUGCUGCAAGCCCUGGAGUUGCUUCGGAUCUCAGCACUCAGAGACAUUGAAACAGCUGAGACCCGGGUGCUGGCACCAGCCCUGGACAAGGAGCAGCAGUUGCAGGGCCACCUGGAGGCCCUGGCUCAAUAUGGCAAGAGGGUCCAGGAGCUCCUGGAGCAGGUGGAUGACCAGACUUUCUUCCAGGAAUUGCAGCAGCUCUCUGAGCCCCCGGAACCCUUUGGGCCACUGACUCCUCUGCAAUGGGACGAAGAUCAACAGCUGGGCAACCUGAAGGACUUAGUGAGAGAGCUGUGUGGCCUCCUCCUGGAAGAGGCGUCCCCUCCCGAGGCACCAGCCAAGACUGCCAACACGAACCCCAGGCCCCAGAUCCCCUGGUACAGGUCCCAAGCGUGGUGUGUCCACUGCGGAGGAAACUCUGGCAGAGUAAGGAGGUCCAGUGCCUAUGUGUACCUGUGCAUGUAUUAUCGAAAUCUGACCUUUGAUCCAGAUAGCGCCAACCACCACUUCCACCUGUCCUGCCAGGGCCAGCGGGUGACGCACCGUCGCCAGUCUCAGGGCCCAGCCCAGCCGGGCAGCUUCAAGCUCUGGCAGGUGCAGUGUGCCCAGAGCUUCCAGAAGGGGCACCACUACUGGGAGGUGCACAUCUCCAACCAUUCAGUGACUCUGGGAGUCGCCUACCCAGACCUGCCUCGACAGAAGCUGGGCACCAACACGGACAACAUUGGCCAAGAGUCCUGCUCCUGGGGCUUUUGCAUCCAAGAGGACAGUGUCCUGGCCCGGCACAAUGGGGACACCCAGCGCCUCCCCAGGGUGUCUGCACGGCUCCUGGGCAUGGAUUUGGACCUGGCCCGUGGCUGCCUCACCUUCUACAGCCUGGAGCCGCAGGUCCAGCUCCUGCACACCUUCCACGCCCUCUUCAGCCGGCCCCUCUACCCUGUCUUUUGGCUCCUGGAGGGCAGGACCCUCACCUUGUGCCAUCAGCGUGGGGCCCAGCUCCCUCCAGCGCUGCAGGAAGAAGCCUCAGUGCCCAGCUGAGGAAGCUGUGGGGCAGCGCUUUGGGCUGACAGGCACAUUAUGCCCGUGUGCCCAAGAGCUGCCCAGCCUGGCCUGGGAUAUAGUGAUUCAAAGAGAAAUAUUCUAAUGACGGUCAGAGGACUCACGGUGUUCGAAGGAAUGACUCCUGGCCUCUUUUCUUUGUUGCAUGUGUUUUUCUUGUAUGGUACCAGGGAUUGAACCCUAGGCCUUUGGCCUUUGCAGUGACCUACAACCCCAGUCUUUUUUUUUUUUUUUUUUUUUUUUUUGAGACAGAGUCUUCCUAAGUGCUAAAUUGUCCAGGUGAAUUGUCCUGCCUCAGCCUCCUGGAGCGCUGGGAUUACAGGUGUGUGCCACCAGUCUCAGCUGGCCUCUAUGGUUUUUGUUUUUACACUGUAAACAUGUACAGUUUAUCUUCCAUCAAAUGUAUCUCAAUAAAACUGUAGAAAAUGAA